UUAGUGGGAAGUCUGCCAAACUGCAGCAUCAGCAGAUUCUCGAGGUGUCAAAUAUGUCAUUUUUGGUUCUGCUGAACUUUUCACUAGUUCAAUCUCUAAGAAAUGCAACCAAUUAACAUUUACAUAUAUAUAUAUCAUUUCCAAUCACACAUGAUUGUUCAUCAUAGUCAAACCCUCGGCGCACCCAAUCUUCCAGCCCUAUGUCAUGCGCGCAAGAAAGAGCUAUAUACUACAUACUGUAAUCGAUGGGCUUGUGCACGCUAGUUCGGAGUUGUUCAACUGCAGUGAACCUUCUCACACCACUUCAUUGCAGAGAAAAUGAAAAGCACUAAAGUGCAAAC